AUGUUGAAGCUACAUGUUUGGGGAGAUACAGAGCAAGUCUCAGUGAUUUCGCCGGCAUGUAUUGCUGCCGUGUGGAUUGCGGAUUUGGUGUCAAAGCUGAAAGGCAUUGACAUUGAUGUGGUUGUAUCUAAUAAUACCAAUUUGUCACCCAUUGGAGAAUUACCAGUUUUGAUUGAUGGGGAAAUCAAGUUUAGCGGAUAUAAGCAAAUAUGUUCGUAUUUGAUAAGUAAAAACGGGCCAGAAACGCAGUUACAGCGGCUAUCUAGUAGAGAGGCUUUCCUUGAUGAUAGCGUGAUUUGCCAUUUGGAAAACACACUUGACAUUAUACACCAGUAUAAUCUUUAUUCAAACAGGACAAAUUACGAGCAGUAUACCAGGAAAUUGGUUGCUAGGUAUUAUCCGUUUCCAAUGAUGUAUAAUCAAUCUUUAAGGCUUUACAAGUGCGCCCAAGAGAGAGUGAAAUUAUUAGGUUUGGAUAAGGAAAAGUCAUCCUUUUUCAAUUUCUCCAAAACACAAGGGUUUGAUGAUGAUUUUGAUGAUGAUGAUGAAAUACGAGACUAUUCUAUGAAUAAGGAUUUUCAAACUGAAGGGAUAAGUGAGUUGCACAAGAGAUUUUUACUGCAAAAAUCGCAAACGAAAGAAAUGGUACGAGAAUCGAGCAAUUGUAUGAGGUGCUUGAUGAUAAUUGAUAAACUGUUGAAAAAAUUGCAAUCUUUAUGGGGAGAAAAUUCCAACAAUGGUGGCAGUGGUGGAUAUUUGUUUGGAGCCUUACCUUCUACAUGCGAUAUACUACUACUUGCAUAUAUGUAUUGUCUCACUUGCAAAGAAUUACCAGACCGGUUUAUUUUCAAUUUUUUGGAUUCUAAAAAGGAUAAUGCAUUUGUUCAAAAUAUCUUGCAAAAGAUUAAACACUUGGAGCUCUCUUUGCCUCUGGUUAAAAAACCAGAGACAAUAGAGGUUCCUAGUUUGUACAACGAGAUUCUCUUUUGGACAGGCUUUAUCAGAUAUUAG